AUGUCAUCGUCGAGCGAGAAGAAGCAUGCGCCUUGGGUGGACGUUGUGGCAGGUGGCCUCGGCGGCGCGGCUGCCAAAUCGCUGCUGUCACCUUUUCAGCGCGUGGUAGUGCUGCAGCAACUCGGUGAGCACAAGGAGUACAGCGCGCUGCAGCUCGCCCGCCACAUCAAGCAGCAGGAUGGCUGGAAGGGGUUCUGGAAGGGCAACCUCACUUCUAUGAUCAUCCGCGUGCCGUACUCCGGCAUCCAAUUCGUGCUGUACAGUCAGCUGAAGUUCUUCUUCCAGGACCUCUGCGAGCGCUGGGUGCGGCCACGGCGGGGCGGCACGGCGGGUGGGAUGCACCACCGCGGCGAGACGCUGGAGCUGUUCGUUAUGAAGUGUGGGGCGGGCGGCAUAUCUGCCACAAUCGCGGGGGCGGCAGUGUACCCGGGCGAGGUGGUGCGGCUUCGCCUCAUGUCUGGUGAGCGGAGGUUCAACGGCAUCUUCAACACGAUCCGCUGCAUCUAUGGAGAAACGAACUCGCUGCGCAACUUCUAUCGUGGACUAGGCGCCUCUCUGAUGCAGCGCGUGCCGGACAUACUCGUAAGCUUCGCAACAUAUGAGACGGUCAAGUACACCUUGAUUGAGCGUGAGUUCCUCACCACCCAUCCGACGUACAAGAACAUCAUCGCCACCGUCGCUGGAGGCAGUGCGGCGGCACUCGCGUCGAUUCUAAUCGCCUUUCCUCUCGACGUGGCGAAGCGACGCAUCGGCAUGUCCGGGCAGGGCAAGAGCGGCGUUGUGUACACCGGGGUGCGUGACUGCCUGCGGCAGAUCUACGCACGUGAAGGCGUCUGCGGCUGGUACGCCGGUGCGAAGGUGGAGGCACUGCGGUGUGUGCCUCAGGUGGUGCUCAUGUGGUUCUUCAUCGAGGGCAUGCAGAAUUUUCUCACUAAACACUGCGUGCAUGUGAAUUUGUCUGCUGACGAAAAACAAGGGAAUCCGUAA